AUGCUUUUUUCAUCAUUUAUUCCAAAAUGUUUUGGCCGAAUUGAAGCAACGUAUUUUUAUUCUAAAAAGGUUCAUCUUUAUUAUGCGAAUCCUAAAAAUGUUGGUUCUCUGGAUAAAAAUAGUUUGGACACUGGCACCGGGAUUGUUGGGGCACCUGCUUGCGGCGAUGUAAUGAAAUUGCAGAUAAAGGUGUUAUCUAAUAUUUUAAAUGUUUUGUUGUUUUUGGGGUUUCUCUUUGAUUUGUGGUGGUUUCCCCCGAGACCUUGA